UUCUAGCCAUGGCUAAUUUGUAACCCUUUUGGAAUUUUAGUAUUUUAGUAUUUAUUUGCAUCUAACAAAUGCCUUUAAAUUAUAUAUAUACAGUAUGUAAAAGUGUUUAUUAUUUAUAUUAUCAUCGUACCUUGCAUUGUUUUUCAGGUUUACUCUAUGGGUACCCACAUACUUGUACUGCUGCUCACAGGAUAAACAGAACUAGUUGUUUUGACAUCAUGCACUAUCAUGAAACUCACUGGAAAGCUGAAGGGCAUAUGUCAGUUUUUAUUUUGCUGACAAUUUGACUUUACUGUGUGAGCUUACCUGAAAUUCUUGCUUGUUAAGCAGAUUCCUUCAUGGUUGCAGACCUCAGUGUUUACACUCAGAUGCUGGAAAAAGGGUUGUGUGGGAAGACAUCACCUGUCUGAUUACAGUAGAAACAAAGCCUUCCCUUUAAAUAUCAACAGAAAACGACAUUGUGGGAUUACAGGAGCCUGUUGUUGGACAUACCCAUAUUAAAAGCUUGGGGAUUCACCCAUGACACAAAUUGACUAAAAACUAUUCUGAUCCAGAGUUUGUCCCAUUUGUCUCAUCUAACAUCAUGGCUGAUCCUAUUUCCCCUGUACCAUCAGAGGCUUACUGUCCUCUGUGUAUGGACACAUUGAGAGACCCGGUCACCAUCCCCUGUGGAGACACCUACUGCUUGGAAUGCAUAAAGAUCUACUGGGACCAGUUAGACCACAUGGGUUUGUACAGCUGCCCACAGUGCCGUACAACCUUCACACCACGGCCCGUGCUGAGACGCAAUCCGCCCGACGUAAAACCUAAGCCGCAGCGCCAACUUCCGGAGCUCAGUCCUUUCCCCUACAUGCAGCGGGAAUCCUUCUGCGAUUUCUGUAUUGGCCGCCGUAACAAGGCCGUCAAGUCGUGCCUCGUGUGCCUAGCCUACUACUGUGAAACGCACGUCAAGCCACAUUAUGAGUCGUCCACCUUCAGGAGACACAAGCUGGUGGAUGAGACGGGCCACCUGGACAGGAAGAUCUGCCCUCAGCAUGAGAAAGGCCUGGAGCUGUUCUGUCGCUCUGACCAGAUGUGUAUCUGUGUGCUGUGUACUGUCAAAGAGCACCGCAGCCACAACAUUACCUCAGCAGAAGAAGAGCGCAUCGAAAAACAAAAAGUCUUGUUGGCCACCCAGUCUGAAGUCCAGCGCAUCACUCAGGAGAGGAUAAAGGAGCUGCAGGAGCUCAAACAUAAUGUAGACAUUCUCAAAAGUUGUGCCCAGCGAGCUCAGGCAGGAAGUGAUAAGACAUUCCACGAAAUGCUGCAGGCGGUGGAGCGCUGGAAGGCUGAAAUCAAUCAGAUGAUAGUGACCAACAUGCAGUCAGUCGUGUCGCAGGCUAAGGGCUAUGUGGAGCGUCUGGAGCAGGAGAUCAUGGAGCUGCAGCGCAGAGACACAGAGCUACGGCAGAUCAUCGAAACAGAGGACAACAUUCAUUUUCUGCAGAAUUUUCCGACCCUGUGUGCUCCUCCUGAGGCCAUGGUGCCGAAAGUGCUUAUCAACCCUCAGUUCUCCUUUGGAGAGAUGAGCAAGACAGCCACAGAGAUGAAGGAACAUGUGGAUGACAUCUGUAAGAAGGAAUUGAGCAAAAUCUCCAAGACAGUCAGUGAAACCCCUGUGUACAUAUUGUUGCCAAGAAAUGGAGAAAAACAACUCAAAGCAGUUCCUUCUGGAGUUGAUUUACAGGAGCCAAAAACCAGGAAAGACUUCUUAAGAUACUGCUGCAAGAUGUCCAUUGAUCCAAACACGGUCUCUAAAGAGCUGGUCUUGUCGGACAGGAACCAGAGGGUCACCCGGAAGAAAACAAUCCAGUUUUAUCCAGAUCAUCCAGAACGCUUUGAUGGCUUCUGCCAGGCGCUGUGCAAGGAGCCUCUGACUGGUUUCCGAUUUUACUGGGAGGCAGAGUGGAGCGGGGAGUUUUCCAUCGGGGUGGCCUACAAGAGCAUCAGUCGCAAGGGGAAGAGUUCGCACAGCCUGCUGGGCUACAACGACAAGUCUUGGAGUCUCCUUUGCUCAGACUCAGGCUACUCUGCCUGGCACAACAAAGUAGACAGAGACCUUCCUGAUGCUCCCAAGGCCACACGAAUUGGUGUGUACCUGGAUUAUGCAGGCAACACUGUGGCCUUUUACUCAAUAUCAGAGGCCAUGGAGCUUAUCCACAGAUUCAAAACUCAGUUUAGUGAGCCUUUGUACGCUGGUUUUGGUGUGGGCUCCUCUGUUACCCUCUGCCAGCUACAGCCAUUGUGAAGGGUUCAGAACUUACAUGUACUGUAUACAGUGUUAGAUAUUGACUGUACAGUACAAGGUAAAGUUAUGGUCUGCCAAAAAUGAAUGCAUAUUAUAAGUGUCACGAUGGGUAAUGUGAGGGCAAUGGGGAUUGGACCCAAAUACAGACCAGGCAGACUGGUGAAGUUCAAGGAUUUAUUGUUAAGGAAUGGGCUUACAGGCAAGUGUUGUUAGGCAGGAGAUAGCCACUCAAAUGCAAAUGGAAACGACUGAACUGGCAAUUAAGAAAGGAAGCGAACUUGUAUUUCACUAACAAAGACCACGCCUACGAACGUAGAAGAUUAACAAUGGUUUAUUGCUUGUAAAGGAGCCGAGAUGGAAGAGAAAGGAUCGAGUGCCCGGAGGGUGGGCUGAGGGAUGUAGGGAAGGGGGAGGGGGUCGAGGUAUGAUGGAUGAAGAGUUGAGGGGAGGACAGGUAAGGAAUGAAGGGGAGGAGUUGGAUCCACACCGAUGGAUGUGUGAGUGGAGAGCCGACCGGUGUCUACUGGCGAGAAGGUGUGCAGGAACCGGUGGAGUCGAGACUCAGGGUGGGGGAGUCGUCUCUUGUUCCGCAGACAUGCAGAAACCCCCCGGUUCCUGUAUGCAGACAAAGAGAGAGAAGGGAGCAGAGGGAGAGAGAGAAAAAGAAAGGGAUUUGGGUGGGAGGGAUGAGAAAGCCGAGACGAGGGGAGGCGAACGGAAAAGUUGUGCUUAAGUACUAGGUGUGUGGAAAUUGGAUGAGUUUGAGGCGUGGCCUUAGUUCCCGAAUCUAGUUUAUAAAACUUCAUAUAUGGUGAGUAGCUGAGAGAAUGAGUUGCAAGUGAGGAGUGGGCAGAGUGGGCCAUGUAACUGUGGAGCAGAUGUGACAAGUGAGGCCCCGUGUGUAGUUGGGGAGGAAAUUGCAGUCAGUUGACAGGGAAAGUAGGGAAAGUCUGAUAGCAGCUGGUGGAUAACUUGAGGAUGGCAGGUCUGGGGAGCUAAAGACAGGGACAGGGAGCAAUGCAGACGGCCGGGGAUGAGAAAGUGUGGAACAUUGCACUCAAGAGCUGAAAUAGUUGACAAUCUCAGCCACAAUCUGGUUGAGAGUUAUGAAUUCAGAAGCUAUCUGCUCUUUUUUCUGCUACUUGAAGGACGUAGCCAUUAGUGGCGAGACCAAAGUGAAGGUUUGCUCCAUAUCCAACUCCUGGCAGAGUAUCCUUCAGGUGACACCCAUGGCGUUAAAGCUGUAUGGAUAAUGGUGCAAAGUCGUCCACUGUCAAAGUCAUACUAUAAAUGUUUAUGUCAUAAUUUGUAAAUUUAAUAACAUAUGCAAUGGCACACACAAGUAAUGUAUAAUGCAAAACACAAAAAUGAUUAGUGGUCUUAUUGUUUGUCUCCUACAAUAACAUUAUCAGAAGCCCAAUUUGUCUGUUUGUAGAAGUAUUUUUUUUUUAUUCUCAAAUUUUAUGCAGCUAUAAUAUACUUAACUGACCAUAUCAUGUGUAAUGAACAUUGUACAUUUUCCUCAGCCACUUCUGUCAGGCUACAGUUUAAACACGAUGUUAGAUGCAUAUUAUUUACAUAUUCAUACACUUAACAUCAACAUGUCAAACAGACCCCCUAAAAAAACAAGUAUACUGUUGCGCACUUAAUACCUCUUCAUGUCCUUCAACCAGAUGCACUAACAAUGCAAACAACCCAACAAGUUGGAAAGCAGUAUCAAGCUCUACCAAAAAAUAACCUUUCAUUACUUGUAAAACUCCAGUCUCUUCAUAUUACAGUUUUUGUCAAUUGCUUAAAGAAAUUUCUUGAAAUUACACCUUUUCUCAAAACUCUAAACAUAAAUCCAUAACUUCUCACCCAAUUCCCCAAGCUUCCUAUUUUCAGGUCAAAAUGAAACUACUCCACUCAAUACCAUUCAAUCUUGCUGAAAAACCAAACUUUGCCCUCAAAAACACACACACUACAACACAUUCUUACACAAUGGUGAGAUAAAUUCAAAACAAUACUACAAAAACCCGGUUAUAGGUAAUGUUGUUUGUCGUUCUCCCCCUCAAAAACCUUUUCACAUGAUGAACACAACAAAAGAAACAACAAAUGUAUACAUUUGCAUAUUUUUAUCCCUUAAUGUACUGUACAGUACAACACACCAAACAACAACAAAAACUCAUUCUGCCCCAGCAUUCCGUCUAGGACAGGACAAAGACUCAUCCUCCACAUUGUCCUCCUCCACCUUCUCCUCCUCUCCCUACUCAUCCUCCACCUCCUACUACUUCUACUGCUUCACCACCCCUACCUCUUCCUCCUCUCCCUACUGUUCUUCCUCCUCCUCCUCCUCCUCCUCUCUGGUGUCCUCUACCUCUUCCUUCACUGGAUCCAUUGUUCCAAAACUGAAUGAACUGACUCUGAGCCUUUUAUCUAUCAAUUUAAGAUCCUGAUUGGUGUGCGAUCAGUUAUGACUCUUUGUGUUUCCAUCUAGGUAACUGUGUGCUAAUUGAGCUCAAGUUUUGCUGACUUGAGUGAGCAAUAUUGAAUGUUAGUGCUUUCUCAAUGAGCACAUGGUGUAGGCAAUAGGAAAUGGUUGUGCUCUUUGAAAAAUGGCAUUAUGUUUUUGAAAUUUUAGUUUAAAGCCUGGUUAUAAUCUUUAAGUAAUCAAGAAAAACUGUGAAAAAUAAAAAUUAAAUAAAAUCUGAGACUGUAAACACAUUGCCAUAGUCAACCAAUAAAUGGACAGUUGACCAUAAGCUCAACUUUAAUGACGCAUUCAUCAUUGUUGAUGGCACAGUGACUUAUAGGAACAUUUGUGUUUGUUCUCUCAACUUACAUGAUUUGCAAGAGAAAUGAUCCAAUGUACAAUGCUGUUUUGAAUGGCUGACACCUAACAGACUUGAAACAUUGCCAUGGCCCUAAUGCAGACUUACAGGUGUUGGAGGCAGCAAACUACUACAGAAAUGUCGGGGACUGCUGUAUUGUACACACUGAGUGAAAUAACAUUAAUGUAUAUUACAACAACCCUAACUGUUGUGUUUAACCCUG